AUGCCUAACCCAGGUAAGAAGCCCAACAACGGUUUCACCACUGAGCGCGAGGUUGGCGGCGAGCGUCGUUCGAUCCGCCACUUCCACGACGGCCGAGUAUCAUCGCAGCGCGAGGGCCCCGCCGGGCCUGUUCGACCACCCAACAACUCCAACUUUCUGUCUCGAGCAAAUAGCGUCGAGGCCACUCCCGAGGCUACUACCCCUCAUAUCGUCAACGUCCCCAAGUUUGAGGAUCUGAAGUGUGACGCCGAGACUGCCGCCGAGAUUGUUCAGUUCUGUGGGGAUCUCGAUAAGAUCCUUCAACAGCUUCCCGCCGACCAGCUUCCCGCACACCUGAUUCCAGCCGGCAAGGAUACUAACUCUAUUUCGAAGCAGUGGGAGAAGAUGGGAGGUAAGGACCGCACUGGUCAGUCAGACAUUCACAAGUAG